AUGAAUUUCUUCAAAUAUCUCUCUCUCUCUCUGCUUUCAAUUCUAUCUAUUCAUUCAUCUAUCUAUUCAUCUAUCUAUCUAUCUAUCUAUCAUCACAUUUUGUCUACCUCACUGUGUUGUGCCUGUCUACCUCGAUAUCUCUGCAUAUCUACCUGUCUGUCUCUAAGCCUACCUGUCUCUCUAUGUAUCUCUCUUUCUCUAGCUGUCUAUCUCUCCGCACCUCUCUACCUCUACUUCUCUCGAUGCCUUCCUCCUCCUUAUUCCUUUAUUUCUGUUUCUAAAGCCCGUUACCCACCCACGGGCCCUCCUUCCGUCCAACACCCACGGCAGGUGAUUAUUUUCUUUGGCCCUCCCCCCCCUCAUAAAAACACCUAUCACCACCCGUUUUCUUUUGUUUUCUUUUUGAUAUUUUGUAUGUCUGAUGCACUGAUGGGGAUGUCUUUGCACAAGACACCCGGUGCUGCCACCCCGACACCGUUACCACAUCGGUUUUGUUUCGUUCCUCUUUUCUUUUCUCUUACCCCAGCUUUCUUCGUUCCCAUUUUCUUUCGUUCUUUGUUCCUUUUUCGUUCUUUUUUAUUUUAUUUCGUUCAUUUUUCUUUUCUUUCUUUCUUUUUCUUUUCUUUCCUUCUUUUUCUUUACUUUCGUUCCGUUUUCUUUUCUUUCGUUUCUUUUUUCUUUUCUUUCCUUCUUUUUCUUUUCUUUCGUUCCUUUUUCUUUUAA